UAAUCCAUUUCACAUUGCUUUUGAAUCAAUCUGUUUCUCUUCUAAUUUUCUUACAGUGUACAAUUUUUUUAUCUUCUUAGGUUGCUGUUUUCGUAGGAGGUAACCAUAAACAGAAUUUUGUGUGUUUGUAACUAGUUUUUGUUUAUGUUUACGAACAGCAAUAAGAGAACAUAACGAUAAAACAAGAAAAGAAAAAAUCGAUUUGCUUCCUAUUUCGUCUUCCAGACCACAUAUAGUGUAAAAGUGUUUUUUUAGAUCUCAAAUACUUUGCAAUGGAAGAUAAAGCAUUAAUUGUAAACAUAGCCACUAUCUUAGCCAAGGACAUUGGUUUUGAUCAGAAAAACAAUUUCAAGCGUCCAGUGCCCUCUUAUCCUACAGGGAAGCCACCACCCCUGCUGCAGAGUGACGACGAAGCUUUUGAUUUCUUCAUACAACACCAUUUGCAAAAAUCACAAACUACUGAUGUCAAUUGGAAGAGAAAAUUUCAAUUUGAAGAAAAAUUCAAGACUAGAGGCGAAAAAGAGUCGAAGUCCAAGGAAGAACCUACACCUGGUCGAAUUAAUCUCAUUCAAGAUCUCACAGUUGAUGUUUUCGAAAGUAAUCUGCAUCUUAGCAAGAACACAUUCCAGCAACUCUACGACUCCAUCAAAGGACUUAUUAACCCUCUUCAUUCUAACAACACUGUGAUCUCAAACCAAACUAUUUUUUCUCUUGGUCUAUGGAAACUAGCUACUGAUGAGCACUUUGAGGAAAUAUCAAGACGCUUUAAGAUCCCUCUCCUGGCGUGCCAUCUCAUAAUUCGCAGCUUCUGGGCUGUCAUCUCUGAUAACAGCAAAAAGUUCAUCAAAUGGCCAAAUACUCAAAGCGCCCAACACCUCCAUAUGAAGACUUUUGAGGAUAACAAAAAUUUGCGAGAUUUUCCUCGUCUAUUCGGUUUAAUUUCCAUAAAGCGACUUGAUAUCUUUCUCGAGAGCGAAGAUGAAGAAACAUCAGUUAUUUUACAAAUUACCUGCGAUGGAAAACAGAGAAUAAUCGAUAGUUUUGUUGAUUUUGCAACCAAUUACAGUUUUAAUGCCAGUACCAUCGGACAGGCUCUGGAAUGCGACCCUAAUGCUCUUCCUGCAGGCGGUUAUUUAAUUGGGGGAAAUAAUUUUCCACUUAAGCCAUAUCUCAUUCGACCAUUCGAAAUGGAGUGCUUCCAAGAUGAGAGUCGAUUCAAUGAGUUACUGCGGAAAGCUCAAAGUAUCUCCGAUUCAGUUUUGAAUAAAAUGAUGAGACGUUUUAAUACACUUUACGCCCUUGAAGCCAAAGAUAUGAAAGAAGUUCGCAAGGUAUUGGAGACAAUUUGUUCGUUGCAUAAUAUGUGCCAGGAAUUCGGCGAUGAAUGCAUUCCAAACUGCUGGGAGCGUAGCGAGAAGUGUAUUCUGGCAUCAAAAGUAAACGAGAACAAUCAAAAUGGCAGAAAAAGACGAUUGGAAGUUAUGGAAGAAGUUUUAAAUAUUUGAGUGAAAUUUUUGUAAAUGUUGAAAGAAAAAAGAGCAUUAAAUACUUUCCGACCUCCAA